GCCAACGCGGAAGCGCUUAAACAAGUGGUCAGUUUAAUCGCGUGGUAUCAUAAUCGUCGAUAAAGCGAUGACUUUUCGUAACAUUUCCAAAGAGGCACUGGUUGGAUCAAUCACACUGGGACUUGUUUUUGUCGUCGGUUAUCUCUUUGGGAAAAAGAAAUCUUCCAGAAUGAGCAUCUCCAAAAGUCAUUGCGGGGGAAAAGACAACCCACUGAUGCAGUACGUCCUCAAUCACUCCAUGAGGGAGCAUCCAGUCUUGAAAAACCUCAGACUGAGGACAAUGGAAGACCCCUGGCACAUCGCGAUGGUUGCCUGUGAGCAGUCCCAGUUCAUGGCCAAUCUGGCAAAGCUAAUAAAAGCCAAGAAAGCAAUAGAGAUUGGAGUAUACACAGGUUACAACACACUGAACAUGGCUUUGGCUUUGCCUGACGAUGGAGUUGUGGUGGCAUGUGAUAUCUCUGAAGACUACGCCAACAUUGGCAAACCCUUCUGGAAAGAGGCCGGUGUCGAGCAAAAAAUUGAUCUACGCAUACAGCCAGCAUCGAAAACUCUAGAUGAUCUCUUGUCUGAUGGCCAGGCUGAAACAUUUGACUUUGUCUUCAUUGAUGCAGACAAAGUUAGCUAUGACAUCUACUUCGAAAAGUCUCUGAAACUGUUGAGGAAAGGGGGCAUCAUUGCUAUUGAUAAUGUGCUGUGGGGUGGUAAGGUGCUGAAUCCGUCUCAUGACGAUGCAGACACUCUGGCCAUUGACAAGCUCAACAAGAAGUUGCACCGAGAUGCUCGAAUCAGCCUGAGCAUGCUCACCGUGGGAGAUGGGCUCACACUGGCUAUCAAACUAUAGGAUGGGUGUCUGAUAAGUGUAAAGAUUUGUAGGCUAUGGUAGUUAACACUGUGAUUCUGUAUUCUUAAAGCUAGGUGAAUUAUUUGAGGGGUAUAUGAUGGUGAAACAUACUGCACGUUAGUGAUCAACCAAUUUGGGCUCUUUAAUGGCUGAUGCCAAUAUUUAAGAGAGCAGGGCAGCCGAUGGCCAAUUUAUAAUACCAAGAUCAAAACAAAGAGAAGUCAUGUAUGAUUCCAUUUAUCUAUAGAGAAUACAAUCUAAUAUACAUUAUCUUAGCCAGUAACAUAUUGUUUUAGAUUACAUUAUUAUUAAUGAAAUAGAAAAAUACAUUGGGUUAUGUGGGGGUAGUUUGGCAGAAGAGACAUCAUUCAACUGCAUUAUUCUCUAUAGUAGAACACUAGCGUUAGAGAAACAUAUUAACAUUUAGGAAAGAGGACAUGAACAGCAGCCACACUUGACAAGGCUGCCUGCAGAUGUGUCCGCAGACCAUAGCCGCAGACGUCUUUAUCAGCCUGUGGUCAGGCGUCGGCCAGUGCCGAUUCUCUCAAAAGGCCAGAUAUCGGCCAACCAAUGAAUAAUCACUACAAAUAGGACUGCUGUAUGUAGUAUCAUCUGGGGUCAUGUCACUAGAGGUUAAUUUGGAAUGUAUGGAACAUUGUAUUUUUUACUUCAAUGUAAUUUCAAUGCCAGUUUUAUUAUUUUAGUAUCUGUAAUAAUUUACUGACUGUUUAUUUUACAGUUAUAAGACAAAGUGGAGCACUUGAAUAAAACACUGAAUAAACUUGAUUUUAAAACAAGA